AACCCUAACUGAAAAAUUAACUCCAAAACAAAAUCCCAGUUUCUCAAAUUAUGGGAUCAUCAUUCAGUUGCUGUGGCUCUGAAAAAGUUGAAGAAGGGUUGACGUCGGGGGGCGAAAACAACAGUGCUUCAUGGAGAAUUUUCACGUACAAAGAGCUGCACACGGCCACGAACGGAUUCAGUGAGGAUUACAAGCUUGGUGAAGGAGGUUUUGGAAGUGUGUAUUGGGGCAAAACGUCUGAUGGUCUUCAGAUUGCGGUGAAGAAAUUGAAGUCCAUGAACUCCAAGGCUGAGAUGGAGUUUGCUGUGGAAGUAGAGGUACUGGGAAGGGUGAGGCACAAGAACCUGCUAGGCCUGAGAGGCUAUUGUGCCGGGAGUGAUCAACGUCUCAUCGUCUAUGAUUACAUGCCUAAUCUCAGCUUGCUUUCCCAUUUACAUGGCCAAUUUGCUGGUGAAGUUCAGCUUGAUUGGAAGAAAAGAAUGAAGAUUGCUCUUGGAUCUGCUGAGGGCUUACUGUAUUUGCACCAUGAGGUAACACCCCAUAUAAUCCAUAGAGACAUUAAAGCAAGCAACGUGCUUCUAGACUCCAACUUUGAGCCCUUAGUGGCUGAUUUCGGGUUUGCCAAGCUGAUCCCGGAAGGCGUUAGCCACAUGACGACCCGUGUAAAGGGCACGCUGGGAUAUCUAGCACCCGAGUACGCUAUGUGGGGAAAAGUCUCCGAGAGUUGCGAUGUCUACAGCUUUGGAAUUCUCUUGCUAGAAAUCAUCACAGGUAGGAAGCCCAUCGAGAAGCUCCCUGGUGGCAUCAAGAGGACAAUAACAGAAUGGGCCGAGCCACACAUCACUAGAGGGAGGUUUAAGGACCUUGUGGACCCAAAACUUCGUGGGAACUUUGAUGAGAAUCAGUUGAUACGGACCAUUAACGCUGCUGCGUUGUGUGUCCAAAACGAGCCGGAUAAGAGGCCGACAAUGAGGGAGGUGGUGGCCCUUCUCAAGGGACAAGAUGGUAAUGCCAAAGGGACUAAUAUGAGGAUCAAAAGUGUCAAGUAUGGUGAAGAUUUGAUGGCCCUUGAUCAGGAAAGUGAUGAGGAGAAUCAUGGUGGUGAGGAUGAGAGUAGUAUGUAUGGUGUGUUUGGUGCUUUGGAGGCACAUAAGAUCCAAAAUCCUUACAAACGUUAUGCGGACAGGAGAUAAGUGAGAAUGCAUGUAUAAGAGUUCUAAUUACUUGUGUUUUUCUCUUGUUUAUGUAUACUUGGUUUGAUUAUACGAGGAAAGUUUAAUUCAAUUUGGGUUUGGUUGAAUUUGAACCAAUUAUACUGUAAGUGUAAUAUACUUAUUGUGUGGUUUGUA